UCCUUGUGACGUACUGGGGGAAAACCGAACUUUGCAAUCCGUGGACGUUUGCCCCCCGCCGCGACCCGUAGUUUUUGUAAUUGGCUUCCCAGCUUGGAGCGUUUGCAGUUUUGUUUUGCUUUUGGGCCCAGAAAAUGUCUCUUCAGGAGCCACCAGUGACGGUCAGCGACCUGCAGGAGCUGCUGAAGAAGAAGGACGAAAUUGAGGCCCAGAUCAAGGCCUAUUAUGAGGUCCUGCAGGAUCAAAGGGGAGUUGGGAUGAACGAGCCGCUCGUGGAUGCUGAAGGUUACCCUCGGGCAGAUGUGGACGUCUACCAAGUCCGGAGUGCAAGGCACAACAUCAUCUGUCUGCAGAACGACCACAAAGCCCUGAUGCAACAGGUGGAACAGGGUCUGCAUCAGCUGCACGCCCGGGAGAAAGAGAAGCAUGACCGGGACGAAGCUGAGGCGCGUGCCGAAGCCCAAGGCCAGGCCUUGCCCCAGCCCUUCGCCCAAGUGAAUGCCGUCAGUCCCGGAUCUCCAGCUAGCUUCUCGGGUUUGCAAGCGGGCGACGAGAUCGCCGAGUUUGGCUCGUUGAACAGCCAGAAUUUCCAGUCGUUGCAGAACAUCGCCGUUGUGGUGCAACACAGCGAGGAUAAACCCUUACGCGUGACUGUGAUCCGAAGAGGGGAAAAAAUCCAUCUGGGCCUCACCCCAAAGCGUUGGAGUGGGAAAGGACUUUUGGGUUGCAAUAUUGUUCCUUUGCAAAGAUGACUUCUGGUGAUGAUUCGUGGUGGUUGUUUGGUGACGUGUCAUUUUGACGUUAGCAUCUUCCUGAACAAGCUGAAAUGGCGAAAAUGAAUUUGCACUGCGGGAGUUCGACUGUGUUUUCCUGAAGAUGCUAUUUUGAAAUAUUUUUUUUUCCCUUGCCCUGAUUCACAAAGGUUGCUCAGUAGGUUUUAACUUAGGCGUAAGGACAAAAAAGAGUUGUGUGGCUUCGUUGUGGGAUUGAGCUGCUUGGUUUUGUGGCUUUCCUUUGGAUACUUCCCUGUUUGGUUCUGGAAUUAGACAAUAAAAGAUUCGUGCCAUU